CCUCCUCUUCUCCGAACUCUCUCUUUAUUACAUAAACUAUGCAAAUCCUCGGGCAGCGGGCGAACUCUAUAACCACACAAUCACAAGCAAAAUGGACCAUCAGAAUACGCAGCUAGGCGGAGCUGGCAAUGGGUCUGCCGCUGGGGACGCCGAAGUCCCUUCGUGUCAAGGGUGUCGGCGGCGAAAGCUCCGCUGUUCCAGAGAUAAGCCAAUGUGUAAUCAUUGUCAGAGAUUGGACUCGCCUUGUGUAUACGACACGAAAAAGAACAAACCGGGGAUCAAGACCGGGGUUAUAGAAGGCUUGAAUCGUCGUGUUGAGGCUCUCGAGAACACAGUAUUCGAUAACGCGCGGCACAACAACCCAGCACCGUCAUCCGAGUCUUCACAAAUCAUCGGGGCGUUCUCAAGUCUCAUUCAGGAACUUCGAGGCUUGGUUUCCAACUCAGGGGGCUCAUUGCCAGUACCGCCCGCUCACUCAUCAACAGCCCAAGCCCAACACACAACGCCAGCAUCCGCAUCUCUAUCAUCCCCGAACGAUGUCCAACACCAACCGCGAAAGAGGCGAAGAGUGGAUAGCUGCGGCAAUCCGAACAUAGAGCUAGCCAGCCAGCUCAAUGAGUUAGGGAGCACUUCAAGCCAGUUACCCCCUCCCGAACUCCUAGAAGAAGUCAUCAAUGCGUACUUCAUUCUGGUUCAGCCAUGGAUACCCAUUCUUCACGAGACACGGUUCAGGAGUCGCUUCUACAACCAUGAGCAACUGCCCUGCCUCACUGUGCUGUUGCAUGCAAUAGUGGUCGCUGCCAUCCGCUUUGUUGAUGAUGAGAAUGAAAAGCUGCCCGAAAAGGAGCUGGAGACAUGGACUUCGAGAUCCAGAAGUAUAGUGCUUUUAUCGGCUAUGGACGCCAUGUCAGUCGAGAACUUACAAGCACUGAGUAUUAUAGCAUUCACAGACAUGGGUAACGGAGACAUGUCCAGGGCCUGGCCUAUCAUAGGCUCACUUACAAGGACUGUCGAGUAUCUUCAGCUCAGUGUCGAAACGGAUGACCGACAACAAGGGCCGUUGUUAAAACCAUUGACAUCUUUACCGCCGUCACAGAACUGGACUCAAGAUGAGGAGCGGAGGAGAGUAUUCUGGAGCAUCUUCAACCUUGACAGACUUUGCUCUGUGAUGACUGGAUGGAACACCAGUUUAACGUCCGACGAUGUGCGCAGACGAUUACCAGCUGAUGGAGGUCUUUGGCAUAAAGAAGAAACAGUACUGACUCCCUACUUCGGUAUUUGGGAUCGCUCAGCCGCGAAGAUGGGGAACUCGAUCGUAUUCCUUCCAGCGCACUACCCGAGUCCUGAUCAAGUCGCCGAAGCACCGCCCGAGACACCAUCGACGAACACGACGGCGCCCAAGGGCAACGACACAGUAGAUAUGACAACUGUCGGGGCGUUCGCUUAUUGCAUCGAGGCGACUGAGUCUUUGAGUCGAGUUACUACCUACUUCCUCCAACAGAGAAUUAAUUUCAGGGAUCGUCAAGAGGUUGGGAACUGGCUUACCAGGUUUAAGGAACUGGACUUACGUCUUGUCCACUGGAAGAUGUUCCUCCCUCAAAAAUGGAAAGACUCCAACAUCUCUCGAAGACCGACCAUCAUUAACAUGGAUCCGAACCUAACACUUGCUCACAUUACUCACAAUACCUCCAUGAUCUUACUGCAUCAGCAGAUCGCAUACCCAUCACCUCAAUGGACCAGUAUCGUACGGAUGCCUAGUGCCCAUAGUGCAGAGACUUGUCAGAUCGCCGCAGCGGAGACGGCCACAAUCACACGGAAAUAUCUCAAGUACACACCGGAGAACAGUCCCGUGAAUAGCCAAUUCGCGUUCUGCGUGUUCGUCAGUGCGCGUGCAUUGCUUGUGCACUGGAAGUUUUACAAAACUGACCUAGCCCCUGAGUUUUGGGUUCUAGUCGAAAGUCUCGACGACUUCGCCAAGCGAUGGGCAGGCCCCUUAUUCCGCUCGAAAUCGAACUCCUCCUUAGCCGGAAAGUACAGCGCUCAACUUCGCUCUCUUCACAAGAAGUGCGAGGAAGAUCCGGAUUAUUCUCCAGACGUUGUUGGAUACUCAACCGAUGGCUUUGUUACGCAGACAUCCAAUAGUCUUCAUCAGGGGCAAACCGAAAAUCAGCACAGCAACCAAGCUCAGGGCGGAGUAGCAUCCGGCCUAUUGCAGAACUCAUUUGAUAGCGGGUCCCAGAGAUCUAUUCUUAAUCCUGGCACUUCUCAAGUCCCAAGUAACCAGCUCAACUUCCUCCCCCAGAUAUCUCCGACCAAUCCCGGGGUGGAACAUAAUUCACCAGAUGAGCUGUCAGCCAUCUCAACCGUCCUUAUGGACCAGGACUUUAUGCAGUUGGAUCGAGUAAUCAGCUUUGAUGACAUGAUGUUUACAGCUCAGACGAUUGAUGAUCAAGGGGGUCCUUUCUCGAUGAACAACUGGACAUUAGGAUGACGAGGGAAUAUAGAAACUAUAUAAUGACUAAAGUUGAAAAGAUC